AAGUCUGCCGCCCCACCGUAGACACUCCCACCCCCUGGUUCACAAUAUUCAUCGUGAAAACCGGCCGCACUUCGUCGCGAGUUCUCGGAAAGCGCGCACACGAUUCGAAACGAUCCCGACGAGAGUCGAAAUUCUUUUUCCAGUUCGAAAUCCGCGUUAAAUUGAACAAAUCUCUGUUAAUGAAUUGCACUUAACGGCGUUUCUUUCUUUCUUUUUUUUUUUCCUUUUCAAACAGGAGGAAUAAAAUUAAAGAUUAAAAACGAAUUGAACGGAGAUCGUUAAAUUACUUUUCGUAAACUUUUUGUGUUUGAAGGCAAAAUUAAAAAAGUAACAAAUAAAAAUUUGAAUGGAAGAAGCAGCUGGCAAGCUAGAAAAAAAAUCCGAUUAAAUUAACGAGACAAUUGGAAAUUGAUCGCUCCUUUUAAUUUUCGUUUUUUUCAAACUGAUGAACGUAUAUCCGGCGAUGAAACGUGCACGAGUAGAAGGAACAUCGAAAUAAAAAAAUACCUGUGCUUAACCCUUGCACAAGGGUGUAUCGAGGAAUCCGUCGGUGGCCUUUGUCUCAGCGAUUGUCAACGUCGAAACGUCGAGCGCAGGCGAUCGCGUCGACGAUCUUUGAAGCGACCUAUUGCCAAUCCGCACACCCAUGGACCCAAAUUAUGGUACGCUUUCCGUACCAAUGACGGGCACACGCUCUUCUCCACCAACUUGUUGGCGGCCAACUAUCCGAUGAUUCAAGUGAUAACGAUCCGAUCGAGCAAAUAUCCAACAAGUUGAAGCAGCGCAGUUCGGACACAUUGUAUCGUUUGUUAUCAUGUUGCACGAUGGAACUAUGCUGAAACAGCUGAGCUCGAUGCAAUUGAAGCUUUGCCUCGAAACGAUCACAAUAAUUGUCCACAAAGGAAUCCUCGAUAUGUUUCCACCUUCCCAAGAUUGACUCGAGUGAUAAUUGUGCAUAUAUGUGUGUGUGUGUGUGUGAGUGAGUGAGUGAAUGAGUGAUUGAGUGGGUGCGUGUGUAUCUUCUCUUCUAUUCGUUCGCGCUAAAUCGUGUUUCGCACAAUUUGUUUCUCGAUUAAGUUCGAGAAUGCAAAUGCCAUGCCAUCCAGUCUCGCAUCGAGCGAGGAUUUCCGUGAAACGAGCUAUUAUGAUUCGAUCAACCGGGUGUUGUGCGGUAAGGGUGCGACUGGAUUAACUGCGAAAGUGGUGUGUCCCAUGGGAACACAGUGGUGAAAGAGGAAUUGUUCUCAACCGGAUCGAAGUCAUCCUCGCGGAGAAUACGCGGGAACAAUGUCGAAUUGAUAUCAUUCGAAUGAUACGAAGAUUGCGAUCAUCGACGUGGAAAUAUUGGCUUGUGAAAGAAUAUUAUACUCGAGUCGACGAUUCUAAACGGAUAUUUUACGGUUCGAUGAAAUCCUCCAUCAUGAAUACCUUACAGUACGGCGAAAAUGAAGAAUUUAAAAAUACUUGGCCAUCCACGUUCAAUAAUACGUUCUUGCCCUAUGAGAACGAGUCAACCAACGAUACUUUUGAUGGGGAAGUUCCGACAGCUGUACUCGUGCUCCUCAGCAUACUUUACGGAACCAUAUCUUUUUUGGCAGUAGUAGGAAAUUCUCUUGUUAUAUGGAUAAUAUCUACAUCCAGACGCAUGCAGAAUGUAACUAAUUUUUUUAUUGCAAAUCUAGCGUUGGCAGAUAUCGUUAUUGGUUUAUUUGCAAUUCCUUUUCAGUUCCAAGCAGCUCUGUUGCAAAAAUGGAUCCUACCUCAUUUCAUGUGCGCGUUUUGUCCCUUUGUGCAAGUGCUUUCUGUCAAUGUCUCCGUUUUCACAUUGACAGCUAUAGCGAUCGAUCGACAUCGAGCGAUUUUAAGACCUCUCAGCGCGAGACCAAGCAAAUUGACCGCCAAAAUAAUAAUUGCUGGAAUAUGGCUUCUUGCCGGAAGUUUGGCCACACCAAUGGCUAUUGCACGUAGAGUCAUUAUGGAACCAGAAAAUUCUAUAUCUGGUUCUGAUAAUUACAAACCGUUUUGCAAACAUGUAAAUCUGUCAGAUAAAUCCAUGCUUAUUUAUUCGGGAUUAUUGGUGUUCCUACAAUACUUAACGCCUCUUUCGAUUAUUUCAUGUGUGUACGCGCGAAUGGCAUUAAAAUUAUGGGGAAACAAAGCCCCCGGAAAUGCCGAAGAUUCUCGAGAUGCGAAUUUAAUGAGAAAUAAAAUGAAGGUAAUUAAAAUGUUAAUUAUAGUCGUAACUCUUUUUGCAAUUUGCUGGUUACCGCUUCAAAUGUAUAACGUAUUCCAAUAUUUUUAUUCAGAAAUUAACGAAUACAAAUAUAUCCAUUAUAUAUUCUUUUUUUUCGACUGGUUGGCCAUGUCAAAUAGUUGUUACAAUCCAUUUAUUUACGGAAUAUAUAACGAAAAAUUUAGAAGGGAGUUUCAACAAAGAUGUCCUUUUAAAUUGCGAAGAUGGACAAAUAAACCACCAAUCGAUAUCACAGAUAUGGAAAAAACACAAAGUACUCGAACCUCCAUAAGAUACGAAUGGAAACGUACAAUUUCCGGUACUUGUCCAAAUAUUUCGUCUUUUCAUAAAAGUACAUCAAGAGAAUCGACGCAAUCAUUUAUCGAUAACCAGAAAAGUGGACGAAUUAGAAAAGGAAUUGGUUACUAUAUUCAUCGUGGUAAUCAUUAUUCAAAAAGAAACGAAGAAUUGUAUGUUUUUUCAUCUGGAAGACAUAAACACACUCAAGAUCUUAAUACAAAAGAAUUAUGCCUAUAAUAUAUAGAACUAAUUAAAUAAUUGAUUAAUAUAAAUAAUAUUAGAAAUAAAAAAUCAUUCUGUUAAGAGUGAAAAAUAUGCAAAUAAUUUGCAUAUAUUAUAUGCAAAUGAUAAAGAAUAGGAUAGUAAUAAGAUACUAAUUUUCUUAUAAAUUGAUAUGGGAUAAUUUUUCCACAAAUUUUACAGCAACUUUUGGAUAUUUAAACACCUAAUUAAUUCUUUUCUUUUCAGUUCUUCUAACUAUUGCUCAAGCUUUUCUACAAAGUUUAUGUAUUUAAUGAUGAUAAAAAUUAUGUAUCUUUAAUUAGAUGCAUAACAUGUAUAUAUGUAUGUAUAUAUAAAAUAUAUAUACAUACAAAUUUUGCACAAUAUUUAAUUAUAUUAUAUUUAAUAAUGGAAUAAGUAACAAUUUCUCUCUCAGAACAAAUUACAAUACUUACAGUAUAAUAGAAAAAAUUUUAAAAUGUUUUAAUACAAAUAGUUAGUUGUAAAAAAAAUGCAAUAGAGAAUAUUUUUAAAAUAAUUAAGACUAUUGUACAAAUAUUUUAUACAUUACAAUGCAUUCAAUUUUUUUUCAUUUAAAUAAUAAAUUUUUUAGAAUCAUAGUUAUUAUUUAUUAUUUUUCUUUAAAAAAUUCUAUAAAAUAUGUAAGGCUGUGAAAUAUGUAUUAAAAUAAUAAUUUUUGUUAAUUUUAAUUAUUAUAAGUUUGAAACUUUUCUAUGCAUAACUCAUAUAAAGCAACAAACAGGGUAAUGAGGAUUUUAAUUUUUGAAUUCUUAUUUGUUCAAAUAAACUUGAACUUAACAAAAAUUUUAAAUGAAAAGAAGCAUAUUAUUUAAAUAUAAUUAAAUGUUAAAAUCAAUGUAAUUAUAAUGUUAAUAAAAUAACAAAAUGUUUCUAGUCAAUAAAUAAAUUUUUGUUGAAAUAUUAUAUGAAAAAAAUUUAUAAUACAAAGAUUGUUUUCCUACUACGUAAGAUAUCGAUAUGUAAUUUUAAUAUAAUUUUACAUAGAUAAAUAUUAUCAUUUGAUGAUAGAAACUUCCAUUAAUAAUUUUUUUUUUAUUUCCUACAUUUCUUUUUUGCAUUUAUUGUUCAUGUUUUCUUAAGACUCACACUAAAAAAGCCAAAUACAUAUCUAAAACAUCAAAUGUUUUAUUUGCUAUAAAUAUUUAUUAUAAAUGUUUCAUUAUAAAUAUUUAUAAAGAUACAUUAUUAUAUUUUACAUUAUUAUAUUUGUAUUUUAAAAAAUUAAAAUAUUAAAAUACUAACAAUAAAAAAUACAAAAGAUUAUUUGAUAUAAAAUUUAUCAUUUUAAAAAAUAAAUUUCCAUUUUAUUAAACAUUGCUUAUAUUUGAGUCAAUUGUAAAAUAUUAAUCAAAGUUCAUAUUAUUACGUCGUUCAAUAUCUUUAAUUUCUAACAUGUCUGUUUUAAGAUGUAAUUUCAUUAUUUCCCGCCAAAUAUCCAAUCUAUGUUGCUCAUUGUCAAUUCCAAGUCUCAAUAAAAUAUUUUCAUUUAUCCUUAAUAAAACUCUUCCAGUGAUAUCGUGCUUAAAAACACAUGAAUAACAUUGAUUAUAUAUUUAAUGUAAUCAGAAGUACAAAAAUAUAGUUGAACUUGAGUUGUUUAUACAUGUUUAUUACUUACAUAUAAAAACUUUUCAUGAUAUAAUUGAUAGUAAUCACUACAAUGCCUUCUCAACCAUUUUUGUACAUCUAAUACAUUCCAUAAAUAAACUGGACGGGGUCUAGCAGUUUUGUUCUACAAUAUUUCAAUAUACUUAUAAUCAAUAUAAAUAUUUUUAUACUUUUAAUUAUUGUAUUUUUUUUAAAUCCAUAAGAUGAAUAUAAAAAUAUUCAUAUUUCAAUGAUAUUAUAAUUAUUUUAAUAUAUCAUUAUUAAUAAAAUUAACCUCUCAUACCUUUGGUUUAUUAGUAGAAUUAACUACUUCUUCUACCAUUGUGUAUAAAAUUCAAAAUAUAAAUUUUUGAAAAAUAUGAAUAAAAUAACAAAUUACAAAAAUAUAAAAAUAACACUUGAUAUCGAUUACUAAUAAUACUUAUCAACAGCACAAGUAAUAUAUAUAUAUAUACGUAAUAUAUUACGUUUAUUUAAUAUAAUCAUAAAAAUUGUAUAUUUAAAUAUUGUUUAUUUAAACAUCUCGACAUUAUUAAAAUAUACAACAUAUAAAUAUAAAUUAAUCAAAGAAAAUUAAAAAUAUUUCAAUUUAUUGCAAAAUUAUAUUACUUUCAUUUUUCAUAGUAUUCUAUUCAUGGAUUUAACUUCUCCAUUUUGUAACUAUAUAAUAUAUCAAUUUUAAAGUAUAGAUAUAUAUUAUGUUACUAAAAAUUCAAAAUUACGUCAUGUAUUAAUUGCUUUAAAUGAAUGUUCUUAUAUAAAAUUUUAAUUUAUAUUAAUGAUGAAGAAUCUAUUAUGCUUUUUCAAAAUUUAACAGUAAAAGUUUUGUCUAAUAAAUUUUUUUGAUUAAUGUUUUGUAAUUUUUUUUAACAUAUUUUAACUUUCUUAAUAAAUCAUUCUAAUUUUACAAAUAUAAUUUUAUGUAAAAUUAGAAUUAUCUAUAUUUAUAAAUAUAAAGUUAUAUUUACAUGAAAUGUUUAACAUAAAAUUCUGUAUGAAAAAAAAUUCUACAGGAAAAAAGUAUUUUAUAUUUUUGAAUUAUAAUAUUACAUUACCU